UAAACAGUUAAACCCAAAAGGCCAAAACCCUCUCUGGUUCCUCCCGUCACACCAUUAACACUCCACCCUCUCCUCGCCACUCAAUAGUGUAUUCCACAGAAAUGCUGAGGACCCUGACUCUCCGUCGAUCCCUCCGAUCCUUCCACCAUCGCCAAACCCCAACCUCCAGCUGCACAGCCACUUCCGGCUUCCCUGCCAAUUCCAACGGUACUCGUUUCCUUCCAAACUCUAAUCGCACAUUUUGCACAUCUCCGGCACCUUCUUCUUCCACCGAAGCCAAGGUCCGCCAGUACCUCGGAUAUGGGGCGCUUAUGAUAUUCAGUGGCGCUGCUACAUACUAUUAUUUCCCCGAGGACGCUCUGCAGAAGAAGGCCAAGCUCUUCCGCUAUGCUCCGAUGCCGGACGACCUCCACACCGUUUCCAAUUGGAGUGGCACUCACGAGGUCCUAACCCGGGAAUUUCACCAGCCGGAGAAUCUAGCUGAAUUGGAGAAAUUGGUCAAAGAAUCAAAUGAAAAGAAGGCCAAAAUUCGGCCGGUUGGUUCCGGACUAUCUCCCAACGGUAUUGGGCUAGCUAGGGCCGGGAUGGUGAAUUUGGCGUUGAUGGAUAAGGUUUUGGAGGUGGAUAAAGAGAAGAAGAGGGUGAGAGUGCAGGCAGGGAUCAGGGUGCAGCAGUUGGUCGAUGGGAUUAAGGACUACGGGCUUACGUUGCAAAAUUUUGCUUCCAUUAGAGAGCAGCAGAUUGGAGGCAUUGUUCAGGUUGGUGCACACGGUACUGGUGCAAGAUUGCCUCCCAUUGACGAGCAGGUUGUUAGCAUGAAACUGGUGACUCCUGCCAAAGGAACAAUAGAGAUCUCAAAAGAGAAUAAUCCUGAGCUUUUUUAUCUAGCUCGUGUUGGUCUUGGUGGGCUUGGAGUAGUUGCUGAAGUCACCUUACAAUGUGUUGAUAGGCAAGAGCUUGUGGAGCACACUGUUGUUUCAAGCAUGAAGGAGCUAAAGAAGAACCACAGGAAGUUGCUUUCUGAGAACAAGCAUGUGAAAUAUCUUUAUAUUCCCUAUACUGACUCUGUUGUGAUUGUGACUUGCAACCCCGUUUCAAAAUGGAGAGGUCCACCAAAAUUCAAACCCAAAUAUACUGAAGAUGAAGCUCUGGAGCAUGUUCGAGGCCUCUACAGAGAGUCUCUAAGAAAAUAUAGGGCUAGAGAAAUUUCUGCUCAACCUUCAGAAAAUACAGAACCAGACAUUGAUCAGCUCUCAUUCACAGAGUUAAGAGACAAAUUACUUGCUCUUGAUCCGCUCAACAAAGACCAUGUAAUAAAAAUCAAUCAAGCUGAGGCUGAGUUCUGGAGGAAGUCAGAAGGUUACAGAGUGGGAUGGAGUGAUGAAAUUUUGGGCUUUGACUGUGGUGGCCAACAGUGGGUGUCAGAAAUUUGUUUUCCUGCUGGCACCCUUCGGAAGCCAAGUAUGAUGGACCUUGAGUACAUAGAAGAACUGAAGGAACUCAUUGAGAAAGAAGAUAUACCUGCACCAGCUCCUAUCGAGCAGCGAUGGACAGCUCGCAGCCAGAGCCGUAUGAGUCUGUCUUCCAGCCCAGCAGAGGAUGACAUAUUCUCAUGGGUGGGUAUAAUCAUGUAUCUCCCCACUAUGGAUGCACGCCAAAGGAAAGAUAUAACGGAAGAAUUCUUCCACUACAGGCAUUUAACCCAGAGUCGAUUAUGGGAUCGGUAUUCUGCCUAUGAACAUUGGGCUAAGAUUGAGGUUCCAAAGGACAAUGAAGAACUUGCUGCACUCCAAGCUAGGCUAAGAAAACGUUUCCCAGUGGAUGAAUAUAAUAAAGCACGAAAGGAAUUGGACCCCAGUAGGAUCCUUUCUAAUCAUAUUCUGGAAAAGCUGUUUCCAUUGUCAGAUAACAUUUGAAAGCAUCCUCUACUGGUUAGUUUGUUCCCUCUAUUAUUUUGAAAUUUUUUAGUCCUGUUGUCAAAUUUCUUGCUUGCAUCUUUCUCCUGAAGAUCCCGACUGUACAUUAAACCGAGUGAAAUGAGAAUAUACAAUAAGAUGUAUAUUGUUACACCUGUGAUGCAUCAUAAUAAAGAACUUUAUGUAA